AUGGCAAGAACAAAGGGCUGGUUUGGCUGGGUGAAGAGGCUCUUUACUCCUGAAUCAAAGACAAACACAAAAAAGAUAUCAAACAAGUGCAGAUGGAUUUUUGGAAGGCUUGAAUGUCAGCACUACCCUUCUCUGCCUGUGCUCACAGCAUCAGAAAGAGCAUUUAGUGAAGCUACAGAAGAGCAGAGAAAACAUGCAUUGAUUGUUGCAAGAGCAACAGCGGUUGCAGCCAAGGCAGCUGUAGCUGCUGCCCAAGCUGCGGCUGAGGUUGUGCGCCUAGCGGGAUCUUCUCAAUCUUUCCACCAUUUCACAAUGAUGGACAGGAACUUUGCUGCCACUAAAAUUCAAAGUGCUUAUCGCGCGCAUCUUGCCAGGAAAGCAUUGCGAGCCUUGCGAGGACUGGUCAGGCUUCAAGCCAUAGUUCGUGGCCGAGCUGUGAGGCGUCAACUUAUCUCUUUGAAGCGGUUGCCAUCUAACAGAAAAGGGCAGACAGAGGUUAUGAAAAGGAGCAUCUCUACCACAGAUGUCAGAUGCAAUGGUAGCGAAAAGAAGCAUCUCAGCAUGUCAAAAGGGGUGUUGGAUGAGAAAGAAAUAACAAUUUUAUGCAGCAGCAAUCAGAUAAGGUGGGAUGACAGUCUAAUUUCAAAAGAGGACAUUGAUGCAAUAUGGCUAAGAAAGCAAGAGGCCAGAAUCAAAAGAGAGCGGAUGAAGAAAUACUCGUUCUCUGUCCGGGAAAGCAGGAAUGAGAAAAUGUUAGAAGAGUCAAAUGGUAGUACUGGUGGAAUGUUUGGAACUUCACAAGUUAAACUGAGACAUUUGAGAAAUGAAUAUUCAGUGGAAGAGAAGCAAGCCGACGAGCUCGCCGAGUCUCUCAACGACCUCUUCUCCAGCGUCUCCACCAUGAUCAAAUCCGAGCUCCAGGGAACAACCAACCACAUGGAGCUGUUGGAGAAGAUGAAUCUGAGAGUCGCCGAGGAAUACAAAGGCUUCGGCGACGUGGCCUCCGGGCUCAGCGUCUUCGUGGAGCAGCUCAAGUCCAAAAGCGGCGGCUUCGACGAGUAUGUCAAGCAGAUUGAUGCCAUAGAUCAGCAAGUCACCGAGUUCGAAGCUGUGGUUUCUGUGCUUGAUAAACAUGUGACCAUGUUGGAGUCCAAAUUAAGUACAGUCUGUGUAUCACAAUCCGUGGUCUUCCUAGUUUCAGUUGUUCGUGCUUGUUUCGUGUCUAUAAAAUUUGUGUUCUGUUUCUCUAAGUACUAA